AUGGCUCAUCGUCUUCCAGACUGCUCCAAGCUGCGGCUCUUCACCAAGGGCGUGUCUGUUGGCUCGUCCUUCUUCACUCCCGCGCCUCUUGUCGGCUACGCUGCUCUUCGCCAUCCUCGCGCCAUCUCGACAAGCAACACCUCCAAGAAGCCGGCUGUCGCCAUUCCUACCGGCCCCGUCUCUCCUCUCGUUCCUGCAACCCAUGUUGGUACUUCUUCGGCUUCAACUUCGGAGGUUAGGGAUGGAAAUGCCUUUGCCACUCUGCCGCUCACAUGGCCCCACGACGGUUGGAAGGAAAACGUUCUCUUGAAUGUGGUUCCCAGCCAUCGCGAGCCGAGGACUUUCGGUGACUGGGUGGCCUGGAAGAUUGUCCGCACAUGCAGGUUCUGGAUGGAUCUCGUCACAGGCAUGCGUCCUGAGCAGCAGGUCGACUCCAAGAAUCCCACAACGGCUUUAGCUGCCAGCAAGCCCCUGACUGAGCGCCAAUGGCUCGUCCGCUUCAUCUUCCUCGAGUCAAUUGCUGGUGUUCCUGGCAUGGUUGCCGGGGGCUUGCGCCACCUCCAGUCCAUUCGCCGUUUCCAGCCGGACCAGGGCUGGAUCAAGUCUCUUCUUGAGGAGUCCUACAAUGAGAGAAUGCACCUCCUCACCUUUCUCGAGAUGUACAAGCCCGGCUGGUUCAUGAGACUCGUCGUGCUCGGUGCUCAGGGUGUCUUCUACAACGCCAUGUUCAUCUCGUACCUCCUCUCUCCCAAGAUUUGCCACCGCUUCGUCGGCUACCUCGAGGAAGAGGCCGUUCACACUUACACCCGCUGCUUGCUUGAACUUGACCAUGGUUGCCUCAAGAGGUGGUCUGACCCCAACUUCCGCAUCCCUGACAUUGCUGUCCGCUACUGGAAUAUGCCUGAGGGUCACCGGACCAUGAAGGACCUCAUCCUCUACGUUAGAGCUGACGAGGCUUCCCACCGUGGCGUCAACCACACAUUUGGCAACCUCGACCAGGUCACUGACCCCAACCCCUUCAUGGAGUGCCCCGGUGGUGGAGUCGUCAAGGCCUUCCCCAAGCACCUCUCCGUUACAAGGCCGGCUGGUCUGGAGCGUGAGGAGGUCGUCAGCAAGGAGACCCACUAA